AUGCUGGUUCGUGAAAUCCCCUUAAUCGGUGCAUGGAAAGAGAGCAGCAGGAAACCCGGAGCGACGUACCAGAAUUAUAUUAACUCGAAAAUGCACAGUGGAGAAGAAAAGCCGAUGUGUCUCAAUUGUCAAAGACAAGGAGAGUCAUGCGACUAUAGUGUCCGUCUGAAUUGGGGUGGCAGGACGAAGCGGGCGUCAGUGGAUUCUCCUAGGUCCCAGUCCAGUGGUUAUGGAGGCACGGUGAUUGGAUUUGAUCCCAUGCCAACAAGUGCAGCGAAUCAAACCCAAGUACCUACUCCAGGAAGCAAUCAUCCAUCAGAUGGAUUUAUCAACUUCCGGUCUGGAGAUCUCGGCUCCCCUGAUGCAAUCUCACCUGGUACAGCCGCCCAUAUGGGCAUGUUUGACUCACCAAAGCCGCAGUCAGGCCCCGACAGUAUUCAUUCACCCUCGCAAGGAGAAGUUAACUUUGCCUCGACAUGGGCAGAUCAUUCGACCGUGUCUGCCGCAGCAACUUCUGCAUCUUUAACAGGGUACCCCUUUGGUCCAUCCUUUCAUGGGUCGAUUUCGACUGCAGCGGAUCAGGGGGUUGGUCUUCGUUCUCUCUCUGCUUUUGCAUUCCACGCAAACUCUGUAUCUCAGCCAGAGUCGUUCCUUCGCAACUCGGUCGAUGAGACGAACCAUUCGACUAAUCACAACAAUGACGGAGGCCAGAUGAACCAUCAUGGAAUGGGAUACGGCCGUGACCUUUCUGGCCAUGAUGACAUCCUGGCUUUGUUGGGCUCUCAUGAAUCGUCCACAGGUGGCGCUCGAACAACGGGCUCUUCAGCGCAUGAUCGGGGGGCAGUCCGUUCAAUGAAUGCCCCACGCAGCGAGUCGCUUCAUUCGUUGCACCAUGCCGAAGAAGAGCAAGCUACAAAAGAUUCAGCAUUGGCCCAGAGCAAAUGGCAGGCCUAUCUCACCAGUGUCACCGACAAUUAUGGGCUGGACUGCGGCCGUCCAGAUCAAGACCUCGCCCUCAAUAACGACCAUGCUGCUAUUGAUAUUAACUCAGCACUGGAUUCGAUCGCAAUGAAGAGCAGAAAUGGGGACAGUGCUUCUCCCAGUGCACCUUGGGCCUCGCCUGCGACGCAAAGCAAUGAUUACACCGGGUAUUAUGCCUCUCCAGUGCCCAUCAACAUUCCGAGAUACCUGUCACCGCUUCCACGAACACUUCUAGAGAACCCCAUCAAUUUGAUGUAUUUCCAUCAUUUCCUGAACCAUACAUCGCGAAUGCUGGUGCCCCAUGACUGUGAGAACAAUCCGUUUCUGUCAGUGCUUCCUUCGAUGGCCACCGGAGACCCCAAUCUUCUCAACCUGCUGCUGGCAUAUUCAGCAAGUCACCGCGCGCGAUACCUGGGACAACCUGAGCCUGCAAACCGAAUCGCGCAUUGGGUUAGCGAAGUGUUUCCUGCCCUGCGUGUUGCACUUGAAGCAUCUCCUGAAAAUAUUACCGACAGCCAUCUCGCAACGGCAAUUCUUCUCUUAUCGCUGAAGAUUGUUUCUCCCAGUACGUUUGAAGUCCCGAUCACCUGGCAGAGCCAUCUCAAGUUGGCGCGGGACCUGUUCCUGGCACGGAGCGAGCGGAUUGCGCGACCAGGUAAUCGCAUUGGCGCUUUUUUUGCCCGUUGGCUGGGCUAUCUCGAUACAAUGGGAGCGUUAUCCUGUCGCCAGGCGGGGCCACCCUUGAUGCUAUAUCAUACCGUCCUCGCGGCCUGUUGCGGCUCGGAGCAUCAUGACGAAUUUGCCGUAGACUGCUUCACGGGGUUCACUCCACGCACGGGUGCCUUCUUCAUUCGUCUCGGGCGGCUGGUUCAGCAGUGUGACAAUGAACGGUUCGAUGAACAGGGGACUUUCCGGCCAACCUGGCAUCCUUCUGCAGACGUGGUCAUGGAGGCUCAAGCCGUGCUGGGAGAUAUUGAAGGUCUCAGCGAGUGCGCCCAUGCCAAUCCUGACCAUCACAAGGACGAGUGCCAGGAUAUGUUGGCGAUCGAAGAGGCAUUCCGAUCGGCGGGUUUGGUCCAUCUUCACCGACGUGUAUUGGGCUCUUCACCUGACUCCUUCCCUGUCAAAGACGCUCUCCGCAAGCUUAUUGGGGCUCUGGAGCGCAUGCCAUCUAAUGCUCCUGCGGAGUUCUGCUCGUUGUUCCCACUAUUCACGGCCGGGUGUGAGUCGCGAGAUGCAUCGCAGCGGAUGAAGCUGCUCAAUCGGUUUUUUAUGCUGGAGAAAUCUGGACUCAAGCAGAUUCAACAUGCUCGCCAAUUAAUGCAGCAAUGCUGGGAUGACCAGCUUCCUUGGAUUGCGUUGGCCGAAGGGCAAUUCCUCGGGUAG